AUGACAUUUCCCGUCAUUUCCCUAAAACCCAGCUAUAACUCUGUUAUCAGAGGAUGUCCUGGGUUACCAGAAACGCUGCCAAGAAUAGAAUGUGAGUUAAGAAUAAGGUCGAAUGGUGGAAAAGCUUUUAAGAUUGAUAAGAUCGAGAUAGCUCUGAAAUGCAUAGAAUCGCUAAACAAUCUAUCCCAUCACACUUUCAGCUCGAAACCAAAGGCCGAAAAGACAUCCAUUUUGUUCAAGAAAGUGGUAAGGAUGACGGAGAAGGAAAUGCUGGGAAUUGAUAUUCCCUUAACCAUUGGACUUCCUGAAGACAUCAAAGAGACAAAUUACAACACAACGUUUGGGAGGACUAUUACUCUGUUAGAAUGCAAUGUUCGUUACAAUGGUUUAGACGAACCACAAUCGUUCUCGAGGGUCAUAAAUGUGGAGAAGUACAAUUUCUUACCAAACAGUAAAUUGUUUCCCCCCAUCAGAAGGCAAGUUUUCUCACCAGACAAGAGAUUGGUGGUCGAUUAUACAAUUAAGAACCCAUGCGUCUCGACAGAUGAUGUCCUUCAUAUAAACUUUGAAAUGAGACCGAACUCGAAGGCGGUUACCGACGGACUGACAGGAUCAGCUUCUUUGAUAUUCAACAAGAAAUCCAAGAUGAAAUUGAAACACGCAGCUGCGAACCUCAAGGAAUAUCUGGAAGUUUAUGAUGAUGGAAGUGGCACGACUACUAGCAUUGGAGGUUCUGGAAACGAUACGCGGGAAAAUGUUCUAUUGGAGGAAGUCAAACCAAUUAAUGAAGCAAUCACUCAUAAUGGGAUCAAGUGGAGUAUGGAUAUUAAAGUGCUCACCAAGAAUGAAACUUUUAAAGAAUUCGAAAAGUCAUUGCAAGAACCUGCAUCACUAUAUCGAUACGCUAAAAAAGAUUUAUCAAGUGCUAACCAGUUGACGAAUUCUGGUGUCAAGACAGAACUUUUACAGAGCAAGGUGGCUCAUGGACGCGAAAUACCAUUUCAAUAUCACACAUCUAUCACGACAACUAGAGGUAAUCUCUACAGAAUUAUUCACGGGAUCUCUAUAAAAUUCAAGAUCAACAACGGGAAAAGUUUUCAAAUCAACCAGCCUAUUGAUAUCACACCCUGGACUGUUUCUAGCUUAAAAAAUGUCGAGCAAUUAAUACUGCAAGAGAGGGAAACUGCUAAAUAUGCACAUCAGUUUUACCAAAAUUAUGGUGGCUUAAAGAGGGUGCUAACAUCUACUACGGCAAAUUAUAUCAAAGGACACAGGAUAGACUACCCACCACUACCACCGGUAGUCUAUCUCCAUGAUCAUGAAACCUUGAAGAAGUUGGAUAUCAUCUACAAUAGAAGUAGUUUUUCACGAAUACCCUUGUUGGAAUGA